UCACCCUACUUCCUGUUUCACCUCCGUCACUUUUGGAAGUUCGGAGUCAGACAACAGAUGGAGUUGAGCCAACUCCCGGAUGGUCGCGCGCUCCGCACGUUAACAUGAGUUCAUCAAAUGGCGCUGGUCAGCGGACAUUCGCGACCGAGCCGACGUUAAAUUGACGCGCUAGACCGACUUUCUUUUCUUACGACAGCAGGGAGGAGGAAAAAAAAGAAAAAGAAGCGCCCCCGUCCACUCAGCAACAUGCCCGAAGUGUCGAUGAAGAAGCCCGACGUCAAGGUAGUUCUCCUGGGAGACAUGAACGUGGGCAAGACGUCGCUGCUCCACAGGUACACGGAGAGGAGGUUUAAAGACACCAUCAGCACCGUUGGAGGGGCGUUUUUCCUCAAACAGUGGGGACCUUACAAUAUCUCAAUAUGGGACACUGCUGGUCGCGAACAGUUCCACGGGUUGGGCUCAAUGUACUGCAGAGGUGCCGCCGCUGUCAUCCUCACCUAUGAUGUCACCAACUGGCAGAGCCUGGCUGAGCUGGAGGAGCGCUUCCUGUCCCUGACCGACACGGCUAACCACGACUGCAUUUACGCUCUCGUGGGCAACAAGGCCGAUCUCACGGACCCUAAAGCCCAGCUGUGUCUGGACUCGGGUGUGGCGUCCGAGGAGUGCGACGAGGAGACGACGGAACCACAGGCGCCGUCUGGUUGCCCCACGCCCCCGGCCUCCCCGGCCUCCCUCUCCGGGACGACGGCGCCACACAAACAGGUCACCCUCGAAGAUGCGGCAGCACUCUAUGGGAGAAUACUGCGCUACAAGGGCCUGGAAGAGAAGAGCAGCCUGCCCGCGGAGAAGCUGUGCUUCGAGACGAGUGCCAAGACGGGCUACAACGUGGACACUCUGUUUGAGGCGUUGUUUGAUCUGGUGCUGCCGUCCAUCCUGAGGAAGAGGAACGAGAACCAGGAGUCUCCUACGGUGGACCUGGAGGAGUGCAGGGGGGCCAGCAGCAAGCGGGCCUGCUGCUAGAGGCGGCUCGUUUCUGACGAAGGACAAUCUAGAUGUUGGUCUGCACACACACAACACAACACAUCCUGUGACGGUACUACUUAUUGUUUUUGACCGGGACCCGAUGGCAUUAAUGAUCUCCCCGUUACACAAACACACAUUCUUGAUUCUGUGUGUUCGUAGUGUCCGCUGACAUUUUAAGGAGCUUUGAAACCUCCAGCACGACGACUGAAACCACACUAGUAUCCCAAAAAAUGUGUCUGUGAUGAAAUAACACGCAUAAUAAGUCAAUCACUGCUUUUUGUUUGUGUUUUUUUUGGAUUGAGAAUGUCACAACUUUAACAUCACUAAUUGUUUAUUGUAAUGUAAGGUUUCAAUCAAUCAUGUUUUCUUUCAUGCUCUGUCACUCGUGUGAAUACCGAUCUUUAUAUGUUAUCGGCACAUUUAGAACUUUUCAAUGAGUGUAAAUAGUUGAUGAACCUAUCGAGUUGUUAAGUACGCUGUCAUAAUAAAGUUUUGUUUAUUUUACAGUCUUUCUGCUCCGCCUGAUUAGAUUUAGAUUGUGAGAGUAAAACAACACAAUCAGAAGUAUAACAAACAACAUUUAAUCUUUUACAAUCCAAUUAAAUAAUCAUUGAAAAAUAACAUGAGUUAAUUGUAAGUAUAUGCCCAGCCUAAUCAAACUGUUGAAUUUCAAACCAGCAACUCUAUGUGAAGUAGAAGAUUUGAACUACUUUCUAAAUUGUAUAAAAAAUAUUCAGGAUCAGUGUCCGCAGCGUGGAUUUGCAAAAAGUCAGACCUUUGAUCUGAGCUGUUGACAUUCUGUCCUGUUGGCGGGUCAAUAAUUAGUAGGUUUGUAAAGGAAAAUGAGUGCGACAUGAGUAGAUAUUAGAUAAGACAUGUUUAAACUCCUCUGGACAUGGGUCAAGUUCAUUCAGCUGGUAUAAAUACAAACAGAAUCAGUGCAUUGUGUCAACAAAAUAUAUGAAAAAUAAAGAGUUACAGGCGAUUUUUGCGAUGGUUGAUAAAUGCUUAAAACGGAAGGAAAAGCUGUGAAAAGACUUGUCGUAUUAUAAAUGUUGUAUAUUUUCUUUAAAAGAGCAGUGGAAUAAAAGCAGAAUAAUAUUGUCAAUA